AUGAAUGCUAUCAUUGUCCUAGUCGUGGUUGUUGGAGUAUGCGCAGCUGCGCCUCAGUAUUACAUUCCCUCUGGUUACGGGUACUACCCACAUCCUGCCAAUUUGCUCACUUCCGCGCUGGAGGACACUUUGCCCAACCACUUGAAGAACGACUUUUACAAAAAUCCCAGAAUCGCUGCCAGGCUCGCGCAGGAGUCGUGGUUCAUUAACAAAGAGAUGCAGGUAAUCGACCGCGAGACGGAUAAAAUUCCACGCGAAAAGAUAUACAAUGUUCUACACAACGCAGGAUUCGUGCAAAAAUAAAACUAGAGUAAUAAAUAAUUGAAUGGCGUUGACCUUGCACAGCAACCUUUUCAUCGUUCCUUUACCUCCGUGUUACACGAACGAACGGAAAACACGUCCAGCAUGCUUUAUUUAAUUUAAUAUCUAUCUCGUGUUUAAUUCCAGUGUCUGUUAAAAUAUUUAUAUUGAAAGUGCCCGAAGGC